AUUCUCAUUCUCUGUAAAAAUGGCGGAUUUUGUCUGCAUUCUUCUUACUUUCACCUUAGUUUCCACUUGUGUUCUUGCUGCUGUUCCUCCUCCCACUCCAUUGGAAGGUCUCUUACCAAAUGGAAACUUUGAAGAACCACCAAAGGCGAGCGACAUGAAGAAAACAGUUCUUCUGGGCAAAAACGCCUUACCCAAAUGGGAAAUCACCGGCCUUGUGGAGUACAUCCAUGGCGGACCUCAGCCCGGCGGGAUGUACUUUCCGGUUGCACAUGGCGUCCACGCUGUCAGGCUCGGCAACGAAGCCACUGUAUCUCAAACCAUUGCCGUGAAAGCUGGGUCUCUGUACGCCGUGACGUUUGGUGCUUCGAGAACUUGUGCGCAGGAGGAGGUGUUGAGAGUGUCGGUGCCGCCCCAGUCCGGCGAUCUUCCGCUGCAGACUCUGUACAGUAGUGACGGUGGCGAUGUGUAUGCUUAUGGGUUUAUGGCGAAAUCAAGCAGUGUGAAGUUGAUCUUCCAUAACCCUGGAGUUCAAGAAGAUCCCAAAUGUGGCCCACUCAUUGAUGCCGUCGCCAUUAAAGAGCUCCUCCCUCCCAGACCUACUCGAUUUAAUUUGGUGAAGAAUGGUGGAUUCGAAGAAGGUCCUCAUCGGUUGUUCAACUCCUCCAAUGGCGUCCUCCUCCCUCCAAGACAAGAAGACAUCACAUCCCCACUUCCCGGCUGGAUCAUCGAGUCUCUAAAAGCCGUUAAAUUCAUCGACGCCAAGCAUUUCAACGUCCCAUCCGGUGUUGCCGCCAUUGAACUAGUCGCCGGAAGAGAAAGCGCCAUCGCCCAAAUCCUCCGGACGAUCCCGAACAAACUGUACAACCUAAGCUUCGCCAUUGGAGAUGCGAAGAACGGGUGCCAUGGAGACAUGAUGGUGGAAGCCUUUGCCGGAAAAGAGACCCUGAAAGCGGCGUUCAAAUCGGUAGGGAAGGGGAAGUGGAAGACGGUGAGCAUGAAGUUUACAGCGAUAUCGGCAAGAACCAGAGUGACGUUUUACAGCUCGUAUUAUCACACGAGGGUUGAUGAUUUCGGGUCUCUUUGUGGGCCAGUUGUUGAUGAAGUUAAGGUUUCCCCUAUUCGAGCAUAGAGGUAAAUUUGAGGUUACUGUAUGUGUUGGUUUGAUCGUUUUUAAAUCGAACCCUUUUUAAUGAAAUGUUGUUUAAGAUCUGCAAUCA